UUACCCCGAAAAGUUAUACCUGCUGGCACAAUCACUUUUUAAUUACUUCAAAAUUUUCAGUAAAUUGACCAAUAUUCAGCAAAAUUGUAAUCCUCAAUAAAUACUCAUCGGAGGAGCGAUUGGUCAUGAAUUAUCAGUUAAGCCCAUGAUUUUUUUGGGGGAAUUCCCUGGGAAACCCACUACUAACCUGUGAUGCUUCUCCAAUUACCCCAUAAAGUCCAAUGGAAACAAGAGUUUUUGCUGGAGGAAAAUUGAACAAUUUUUCUUUAUUCAAAAGGAUAAGUGGAUAAAUCCAGUGAAAAUGUUUGGGAGAGCAAAGAGCAAGGAAGUUCCGAUUCACGUGGAGCUCGAGGAACGAUUGACCAGUGAUUCGUGUGCGAAAAUCAUCACCGAGUUGAUGAAAUACAUUCUGUACCAGAAACAACAAAUUCCAUUCUCCUGUGACUCACUGGUGCAACUCCAGACGAGAUUCAAACCAAAUGACAGAAAUUAUGGCUUUACGAGGAACCUCUUCAGUGCCCUGGAGAAUAUCUCAGGAGAGUUGACUGAGCAGCUGCAUCUUGCAGGCUGCGAUGUGAAAGAGGUCGUAAUUAUCAUUGGGGCGACAACAAUAUCUCCCAAGUUUUUGGUUAGGGUGCAAAUCCCAGGGAAUAUCUUGAGUAGUCAAAGGCACAUGGAGUAUCAGCACUCGUAUAGGAAACCCCUGUUAACUUUAAUGAGGACUGUAAUCGAUUGUCAAGAGUUUCAGGAAGCCAUGACAGUCCCCCUGGGUCCCACGAACACUUUCGUGCUCCUUCAGAAGAGUGACUCGAAUUCAAAAUCCGAUUUUUUCCUCCCCAAGCCCCAGUACGCCCCCAACUCCCAGACCUUAAGUUUUAGCAUUAAACUUCAUCACAAGGAGAUCAUUGCGGACUGUCAGUGCUCUAGCCUCGUCAAGCCUUACUUUGACAAUCCCAAAGACCGGCCACAAGAUAUAUCUGACGAUAAACAGGAGAUUGUUGCACCCUACCUGUGGUAUCAGUCCAGAGAAAUCGUCAAGGGAUUCAAGUACCAGAGAUAACACUGAAUGAUCAUUGGAGUUUAUGACUGUCCUGAUAAUUGCAAUCUCACGUGAUACAUUUGUUACAUAGAAUUUUCCAAGUAUUGAAAUAUGUUAAUGUUAUCGGAGAACUAAGACUUUUCUUUAUUUUAAGAAAUAGCGAUUGAAGUUGAUUUAACAUAUUAUUUUUUUGACGAGCUGAUUGAUGCGUCUGCUUUAUGGAUAGUGUGGAUGUUGAAGGAAGUAGAAAUAAUAAAAUCUUUUCAUGAGAAAUCA